CAAUCAAUCGUAUUUAUUGAGCGCUUACUGUGUGCAGAGCACUGUACUAAGCGCUUGGGAAGUCCAUGGCGGCUCGCGGGCGGACGAGGAGUCACGGGGCCUCUCGAGGGAGCAGGCGGCCGCAGCGCCCGGCCCGCAGGCCCCCGGAGCCGGGAAGCAGCGAGGGAGCGAAUUCCACGGGCGGGAUGCGCUGGGAAUGGCAGGACCAAGGCGGCUCCUGGCACCUUUACCCCCCACCGCUGGACAUGGACAUCUCCCAAGCCUUCAGGGCAGGAGACAUUCUGGUGAACAUCUCACCUGACGGGGGAGACACUAAGCUGCAAGUGGACCUGAAGAGGAUGGUCCAGAGAAACGUGCAGACCGGAGUGGAGCAGCGGGUCGCCGCUGCAGUCGGAGGGCCCGGCUCCUAUUAUGUCUGGCAGUGGCAGGAAGAGGAGGAGUGGAUCCCAUACCCACCCGAAACCUGCCUGGCUCUGGAAGCAGCCCGGGAAGGAGGGGGUGGCAGCAAACCGAAGGUGGACCUAGCAGUUGGCCGCACCCGCUACAGCCUGGACCCAGACAACAUGCUUCAAACCAACCGCAGGAGCGGCUUCCAGCGCCAGAUGGAGCGCCGGCCCUCGGUUGCUGUGGAACUAAAUGGAGCCGGCGGUUCCUGUGAAAUCUCAUCGGACGGGCCUCCUGUGGUCAAGAGGGCCCGUGGGUGCCAGCAGCCAAGAACGCCCGUGGAUGCCAGCGGUAGGAAACAAGAGGCAGGGUCAGAAGCAGAUGCAAAAGGAGAUGCCAGAGAAGGAGAGAGCAAUGAGGCUGUGAAGACCUUGCUUCUGAAGGGGAAGGCUCCAGUGGAUCCAGAGUGCACAGCCAAACUAGGCAGGGCCCAUGUGUACUGUGAAGGGGACGACGUGUAUGAUGUCAUGCUGAGCCAGACCAAUCUCCAGUUCAACAACAACAAGUACUACCUCAUCCAGCUGCUGGAAGACGACAGCCAAAAAAUCUUCAGUGUCUGGAUGAGAUGGGGGCGAGUGGGGAAGUCUGGACAGCGCUGCCUCAUGGCCUGUGCCGGGGAUCUCAGCAAGGCCAAGGAGAUAUUCCACAAGAAGUUUCUUGACAAGACAAAGAACCACUGGGAGGACCGGAGCUGCUUUCAGAAGGUCGCGGGCAAAUACGAUCUGCUUCAGACAGACUACACCAGCCAAAGCCAGGGCCUAGAGGAACUCCCCACACCCACACCCCGGCCCCUGCCAGAGUCGCAGCUGGACCCCCGUGUGCAGGCAUUGCUCAGGCUGAUCUGCAACGUGCAGGCCAUGGAGGAGAUGGUGGUGGAGAUGAAAUACGACACCAAGAAGGCCCCGCUGGGGAAGCUGACAGUGGCACAGAUCCGGGCAGGAUACGAAUCCCUGAAGAAGAUUGAAGCCUGUAUCCAAGCCAGGAUGGGUGGGCGUGCCCUUGUGGAGGCGUGCAAUGAGUUCUACACCAAGAUCCCACACGACUUCGGGCUCCGCCCCCCACCACUCAUCCGGACAGAGGCAGAGCUGAGUGCCAAAGUGCAGCUCUUGGAGGCCUUGGGAGACAUUGAAAUUGCCAUCAAGCUGGUAAAAUCAGAACAGGAUAGCCUGGAGCACCCCCUGGACCAGCACUAUCGCAACCUGCACUGUGCCCUGCGCCCGCUGGACCACUCCUGCCAUGAGUUCAAGGUCAUCUCCCAGUAUUUGCAGUCUACACACGCGCCCACGCACAAUGACUACACCAUGACCUUGCUGGAGGUCUUCGAGGUGGAGAAGGAGGGUGAGACAAUGGCCUUCAGGGAAGAACUGAGCAACAGGAUGCUGCUGUGGCAUGGCUCCCGGCUGGGCAACUGGGCAGGGAUCCUGAGCCAGGGGCUCCGCAUUGCCCCACCCGAGGCUCCCAUCACAGGCUACAUGUUUGGGAAAGGCAUCUACUUUGCCGAUAUGUCUCCAAGAGUGCCAACUACUGCUUCGCCUCCCGCCUCCAUGACACAGGACUGCUGCUGCUGGCAGAGGUGGCCCUGGGGGAGUGGAAUGAGCUGCUGGAAGCCAACCCUGAGGCCCAGGGGCUGCUGCAGGGGCGGCACAGCACCAAGGGGCUCGGCAGGAAGGCCCCCGAGCCCAGCCGCUGCAUCUCUCUGAAUGGAGCGGCCGUGCCACUGGGACCGCCGGCUGACACGGGGGUGCAGAAUCCCCAAGGCUACACCCUUAACUACAAUGAGUUCGUCGUCUA